AUUGAAACCAGGGCUUCUCACUGGCUAGCAGCACACCUUUCUUUUUGAAGGUCCGAGCCCACCUAGAUUGGCACGCGCGAGCCUGACCGCCUCCGUGCACCACGUCAGGCUCUGACUCUGCUUCAAGCCACUCCUAUUCUUCGGCUGACCGCCCCCCCCCCACGGUGGUCACGUGGAGCUGCUCGCCACGCAAGUCUGGGUCCUGCGAUCCACCGGGGUCCUUGCCGCCUGGGAGCCGCUCUUAUGCUGCCUGUUCGCGCGAGAGUUUAGAGGGGCGGGUUUGGGGUCGGUCUCUAGUGUGGGACUCGUACUGUAGCGCGUUUGAGACCUGCUUAGGCGUCCACUUAGAGCUCGAGGAGCUGGCUCAGGCAGCCGCCGGGGCACCCCGUGUCUGGAAAGCGCAGGAGCGCUCUGGAGAAUCCUGGACAGCCCCGCUUCCCCGCAGCCAGGUGCUAGGGUCGGGAGCUAAAGUGAGAGUCCGGCUGUCUUCCAGCGCCUGGGCCACGGCGGCGGCCCUGGGAGCAGAGGUGGAGCAACCCCAUUGCGCUAAAGAUGAAGGGCUGGGGUUUGCUGGCCCUGCUUCUGGGGGCCCUGCUGGGAGCUGUCUGGGCCCGGAGGAGCCAGGAUCUACACUGUGGAGCUUGCAGGGCUCUGGUGGAUGAACUAGAGUGGGAAAUUGCCCAGGUGGAUCCCAAGAAGACCAUUCAGAUGGGCUCUUUCCGAAUCAAUCCAGAUGGCAGCCAGUCAGUGGUGGAGGUGCCUUAUGCUCGCUCAGAGGCCCACCUCACAGAGCUGCUAGAGGAGGUAUGCGACCGGAUGAAGGAGUAUGGGGAACAGAUUGACCCUUCCACCCACCGCAAGAACUACGUACGUGUAGUGGGCCGGAAUGGAGAAUCCAAUGAACUGGACCAACAGGGGAUCCGAAUUGAUUCAGACAUCAGUGGCACCCUCAAGUUCGCGUGUGAGAGCAUUGUGGAGGAAUACGAGGAUGAACUCAUUGAAUUCUUUUCCCGAGAGGCUGACAAUGUUAAAGACAAACUUUGUAGUAAGCGAACAGAUCUAUGUGACCAUGCCCUGCACAUAUCGCAUGAUGAGCUAUGAACCACUGGAGCAGCCCAGACUGACAAGCUUGAUGGAUCACCCCCAGGAGGGGAGAGGGUGGCAAUGCCUUUUAUAUUAUGUUUUUACUGAAAUGAACUGAAAAAAUAUGAAACCAAAAG